AUGAGGGUUUCGAAGACUCUUAGAGUGCUGAGUGGGCGCCCCUUUGUGGGUGCCCAGACGCAAGCCCGCGGUGUCCGGUAUUUCGGCGCCAUAGCCGCCGUCAACAAGAUCACCGUUGGGAUUGCGGGUGCAUCGCCAACUAGGGAAACGCAGAAAUGCGGCCAGGUCGAGCCGAAGCGCAACUUUAGCCAGACGACACACCGCCAAGCCACCGACGCCGCCCAAGAAGCCCUCCGCAUGGCCCAGGAGAAUGCCGCCGCCCUGACCCCCGAAGCUGUGGCCGCUCGCAUGAGCCCCGAGGAGGCCGAGAGACUGUCUCACGUACGGAACAUUGGCAUCGCCGCCCACAUUGACAGCGGCAAGACCACGGUGACGGAGCGCGUGCUCUUCUACACGGGCAGGAUCAAGGCCAUCCACGAGGUGCGCGGCAAGGACUCGGUGGGCGCCAAGAUGGACUCGAUGGACCUCGAACGAGAGAAGGGCAUCACCAUCCAAUCGGCCGCCACGUUCGCCAACUGGAGGAAAAGGAAAGACGGAAAGGAGGAAAACUACCACAUCAACAUCAUCGACACCCCUGGCCAUAUUGAUUUCACCAUCGAGGUCGAGCGUGCCCUGCGCGUGCUCGACGGUGCCGUCAUGAUUCUCUGCGCCGUCAGCGGCGUGCAGAGUCAGACCAUCACCGUCGAUCGCCAGAUGAAGCGUUACAACAUUCCCCGCCUGAGCUUUGUGAACAAGAUGGACCGUGUGGGCGCCAACCCGUGGAAGGCCGUCGAGCAGAUCAACCAGAAGCUCAAGGUCCCCGCCGCCGCCAUCCAGAUCCCCAUCGGCGCCGAGGACGAGCACCAAGGCGUCGUCGACAUCAUCGAGAUGAGGUCCAUCUACUUCGAGGGCCCCCGCGGCACCGAGGUCAAAACCGUCGACGGCGUCCCUGCCCACCUGAAGGCUCUGGCCGAGGAGAAGCGCCAGGAGUUGAUCGAGAAGUUGGCCGACGUCGACGACGAGAUGACCGAGCUGUUCCUCGAGGAGCAGACGCCCACCAACGCGCAGAUCAAGGCCGCCAUCCGCCGCGCCACCAUUGCCCGCAAGUUCACCCCCGUCCUGAUGGGCUCGGCCUUGGCGAACAAGGGCAUCCAGCCCGUCCUCGACGCCGUGUGCGACUACCUCCCGGAUCCCUCCCAGGUUGAGAACACCGCGCUCGACAAGACCAAGGAAGAGCAGAGCGUCAAGCUCGUGCCCUACAACUCGCUGCCUUUCGUCGGCCUGGCCUUCAAGCUCGAGGAGAACAACUACGGCCAGCUCACCUACAUCCGCGUCUACCAGGGCAAGCUCAAGAAGGGCACCUACCUGUACAACUCGCGGACGGACAAGAAGGUGCGCAUCCCGCGUAUCGUGCGCAUGCACUCCAACGAGAUGGAGGACGUCAACGAGAUCGGCGCCGGCGAGAUCUGCGCCGUGUUCGGCGUCGACUGCGCCUCGGGCGACACGUUCACCGACGGCGGCCUCCCCUACACCAUGACGUCCAUGUUCGUCCCCGACGCCGUCAUGUCGCUGUCCAUCAAGCCCAAGCGGAGCGCCGACGCCGACAACUUCAGUAAAGCCAUGAACCGGUUCCAGCGCGAGGACCCGACCUUCCGGCUGCACGUCGACGAUGAGAGCGAGGAGACGAUUAUUUCCGGCAUGGGCGAGCUGCACCUGGAGAUCUACGUCGAGCGCCUGCGCCGCGAGUACAAGACCGAGUGCGUGACGGGCCAGCCCCGCGUGGCCUACCGCGAGACCAUCUCGCGCCGGGCCGAGUACGACUUCUUGCUCCGUCGCCAGACGGGCGGACCGGGCGACUACGCCCGCGUGGCGGGCUGGGUCGAGCCGGCGGAGAACCCGGAGAAGAACGUGUUCGAGAAUCAGGUCGUGGGCGGCGUGAUCCCGGACAAGUUCAUGAGCGCCUGCGCCAAGGGCUUCGAGGAGGUGACGGACAAGGGCCCGCUGCUGGGCCACAGGGUCAUCGGCGCCAAGAUGGUCAUCAACGACGGCUCGACCCACGUCACCGACUCGUCCGACUACGCCUUCAACCUGGCCACGCAGAUGGCCUUCCGCAAGGUCUUCCACGAGGCCGGCGGCCAGGUCCUCGAGCCGCUGAUGAAGACCACCAUCACGGCCCCCAACGAGUUCCAGGGCAACAUCAUCAUGCUCAUGAACAAGCGCAGCGCCACCAUCCACGAUACCGAGGUCGGCACCGACGACUUUACCCUCAUUUGCGACUGCAGUCUGAAUUCCAUGUUCGGCUUUAGCUCGCAGCUUCGCGCCGCCACCCAGGGCAAGGGCGAGUUUAGCAUGGAGUUUAGCCAUUAUGCGCCGGCGCCUCCUCAUCUGCAGAAGGAACUCAUCGCCAAGUAUCAGGCAGAGCUCGAGGCGAAGAGGACCAAGUAA